CCCAAAACAAACAUACACACACCCUUCUUUUUCUCCCCCUCUCUCUUUCUCUCCUUCCCUGAUAAUAACUAAUCAUUAUCAUCUCAUAAUGCACCACAAUUUCUGUAUGAAUGAAAAGCCUAGGUCAGAUGUAGAUGAAGAAGAUGAUGAAGAAUCUAUAUUUCUUACUCUUAGUCCCCCAGGCCAACAUAUCUCCAAAACCCGUCUAUCCCAUCUUCACCAUCAAUCAUCCUCAACACCUAAAGCUGUUGUUGCUAAUAAUAUUGAGGGAAAUCAUGAUAAGAAUAAUAUUAUUACAAGUAGUUGUGGUACUACAACUACAAUUGAAGAUGAGAGUAGUGUUACUAUAGCUCUGCAUAUUGGACUUCCAAGUGCAGAAGUAGCAAGCACAAGUAAAACUAAUAAUACAUGUAGCAACAACAAUGGUAGUACUACUGGUAAUCCACUUGAAGGUCAGUACUGGAUCCCUUCUCCGUCUCAAAUCCUCGUCGGUCCAACUCAGUUCUCUUGCACCGUCUGCCACAAAACGUUCAACCGCUAUAACAACAUGCAGAUGCAUAUGUGGGGGCAUGGUUCACAGUAUCGAAAUGGGCCAGACUCAUUGAAGGGAACAAAACCAUUGUCUCCGAUGAUGAGUUUACCUUGUUAUUGCUGUGCUGAGGGGUGCAAGAACAACAUCGAGCACCCUAGGGCUAAGCUUUUGAAAGAUUUCAGGACACUUCAAACGCAUUAUAAGCGGAAACAUGGAGUGAAACCAUUUUCAUGUCAAAAGUGCAGCAAGACUUUUGCGGUUAGGGGAGAUUGGCGUACACACGAAAAGAAUUGCGGGAAGCUCUGGUUUUGCAUAUGUGGGUCUGAUUUUAAGCACAAAAGGUCUCUUAAGGAUCACAUUCAAGCAUUUGGAGGAAAUCAUGCUCCACAUUAUGGUACCUGUGGAGAUGAUUUAUUAUGCCAAGAUGAAAACGACGAUGGCGAUGGCGAAGAUGAUGAAAAUGAUGAUGAUCUUCCACAACAAGGUAAUGUAGUAGUCCGACCUGGAUAUAUGUAUUACUAGGUAGCUAGCUGGUAGUUGAUGAUGGUGCUUGUGAUAUCUAGCUAUAUGUUACUUAUGGGGAGAUGAUGAAUUAGUUGGCUUUGUUGAUGACCAGUAGUGCUUAAUUAGGGUUAAAUAAUUAGCUAAGUUUGUUGUGUGUGAAUGUGUUUCUAAUGACAAGUUAUUGUUGUUUUAGUGCUAAAUUUAUGUCUAGCUAACUAGUAACUUGAUCAAAAGGUCCCUGAUAUAUAUAUAUAUAUAUAUAUAUAUAUAUAUAUAUUUGGUCACUCUUGCAUUCUAUAUCCGUGAUUUAUUCUUACUAAAUUUAUGUAAUGGCUGUUAUUAUAUAGCUAAGAGUAAAGAUCUGGGGGACAGAGAGAAAGUGAGCAUAGAGAGAUGACAAAACAUUGAAAUGGGGGCUAUAAGUUUCUGUAAUUCUGGAUGAAGUAUCAGUUUGUAGUAGUGA